UACGGUCUGUUUGUGCAAGAAGUUGCUAAACCCUAUUGAUCACCAUUGCUCAUUUGCUCUUACUGGUUUUCAUGGUAAUAACCUUCAUCGAAUCGUUUUCAAUUAGGGUUUAAUCAAAAUUUAGGAUCAUUAGGGAACCGUUUGUGAAGCUAACUGCGAUUGAGGUCAUUUUGGGAAGAUGGUGUUGGUAAUGGCGAUCGGAGAUUUGCAUAUUCCACAUAGGGCAAUGGAAUUGCCAGCGAAGUUCAAAUCGAUGCUUGUUCCUGGCAAGAUUCAACACAUCAUUUGCACUGGUAAUCUCUGUAUCAAAGAAGUUCAUGAUUAUUUGAAGAGCUUGUGUCCUAAUUUGCAUGUAACUCGUGGGGUAUACGAUGAAGAUGCUCGUUACCCAGAAACCGAAACGCUUACCAUCGAACAAUUCAAGCUUGGGUUGUGUCACGGUCACAAGGUUGUUCCAUGGGGAGAUUUGGAUUCUUUAGCGAUGGUGCAACGACAAUUGGAUGUUGACAUUCUCGUUAGCGGUCAUACUCAUCGGUUCAUGGCAUACAAACACGAGACAGGUAUGGUCAUAAACCCUGGUUCGGCCACCGGUUCAUACUGUGGCAUGACGUAUGAUGUGAACCCGAGUAUCGUUCUCAUGGAUAUCGAUGGUUUGAGGGUUGUUGUGUACGUUUAUGAACUCAUUGAUGGAGAAGUGAAGGUUGAAAAGAUCGACUUUAAGAAGACGUCUGCGACAACUUAAGAUUUCUAAUCAUCGACGCCAACUUUAGGCUCGUUUUCGUUGUUCGAUAUCUUGUAUACAAUCUGUAUAGAACCCUAUAAUAACUCUUCUUUGAGUAA